UUAUUGAUUUGUAAAAUUAAACUUAAAGUACCUAUCAAUUAAAGCGUACAUCUAUAUAAUAAUUUCAAAGACAAAACAAAUUUCUAAAUCUGAUUUAAGAGUAACGGUAAAUUAUCAAGCCGGAUGUUUUGUUUAGGAUAAAAACUGUUUCAAUAUAAUAAUAAAGAGUACAUUGUAAUUAUGGUGUCUUGCAAACAAUAGACAGUCAUUGUAAGCCGAAGUGAAUUAGUGAUAAUCUUAAAAUGAAGUGGUUUCUUAUUAUAUUUGCUUUUUCAAUAGUGGUGGUAGUUUCAAUCAGUGGAUAUUCAGAAACAAGGAUCUGUACGGAUCGGAAUCACAUAUUCCUGGCUCCAGGAGUCCUGACUGCCGGUGGUAACAGCAGAGCUUGCGUAUCCCGCUUCUACGUUGAAGGACCAGCUCGUAUGUCGCUGACACUGAAGACCCAUCAUCAUGAAGAAGGCACAGCAACAAGGCUGCUUAAUCCGGGAGACGGUGGAUGCUUGGAUAUACCAGUUCCAAUGAAACCGAAUACUAAAGCAGAGCUGGCUGUUAGCAUUAAAUAUGCAGAAGCAAACUGUUCCUGGCACCGCUCCAUAACUCUUCGCAUCGGAGGAGGCAGGUUGGUGGUGGUGCAUACAGAACGAGCCAAGUACAGGCCUGGGGAGACGCUGAGAUUCCGCGCCACUGCCCUCAAAGCUGACCUCACGCCUGCACAUACUAUGAUUGACGAAAUAUGGCUGGAAGGACCUCGUGGCGCCUGGGAAGGUGUCAGAGCACACCAGUGGACUAGGGUACGAACCCGGAUGGGCGUGGCGCAGCUGCAGUACGAGCUCGAUGAAAUGGCGCCGGUCGGAACGUGGACGGUGAGGGUCAGGUUGGCGGAUGGCUCGCAGGGUUCGGCAGUGUUCUCGGUUGGCAACUAUGAACUACCACCGUUUCAGCUGACUGUGAAACAUUCACCAAGAAUCUUGAAGUCGAGCGAACGACUUGUAUGGACUGUGUGUGUCAGGUACCCGUGGUCGGAAGCAGUGGAGGGUAUGCUGGUGAUUCGUAUCCGAGGGGCGGGGGUAGGAGUUGGUGCAGGGGCUGCAGGGAUACGUACCGCGGUCCGGUUGCGAGCGCCACGAGCGUGUCACCGACACGCCGCCGCCUCCCGGAGAGUCGGACUGGACAGCAGCACGCCGCCAGAAUUUAUUGUAGCUGACUUCUCCUUCCAAGAGGAAGGCACACGAAUUUGGCAGAACACAACGGUCGUAUCUCAAGUCGUGGAUAGCCCAAUCUCUCUGGAGUUUCUCACAAAGCACAGAACUAUUGUGUCAUCAGGACUACCGUAUAAACUUAAGAUUAAGGCAACUCGAUGGGAUGAGAAGCCAGCUGUCAAUGAAAAGAUCAGAGUUUGCAAGUCACCAUCAAAACUGAAUGACGUCGCGAAGAACUUGUCGUGUGUAGACGCACAGACUGACGACAAGGGAAUCGCUAGAGUUAUGUUUACAGCUGAUGACAGCCCUAUAUAUACUUUCCAGGCCAGCACAAAUACCACGACGUCAAGUUUAGAACUAGAAGUAAAGGCGGGUAAGGGAGGCAAAGCCGCGCUGGGACCAUUGCGAGUUGACCCCACGUCGAGGACCUUGGUGCCUUUAUAUCUGAGUAUAGAUGACGUCACAAAACCCAUUACUGUUCAUUUUGUGGUAAUAACCCGUGGUGGUAUAAUACAUCGCUGGGGAGCAACCACACAGUGUCCCACAAACUCAAAUCAAAUUCUGAUUGCACAAAGAAAUUCCACAUGUCAAAACUUACAAAACGUCGCAAACAUUGAAGACUUAGACGGAAAUAUCGGAACAAACAAUGAUAUUGCAGAUUUUGUUAAGUCAUCGCUUAGAAACGAAAGAAGUAGUUCGGCUGAAGCUUCAAACUUUAAGAACGGGAAUUUAAUAGCAAAUGUGGAGACCAACUCUUCUUCAGUGCUAGAUGCGUUAAUGGAUGGGCAGAUGUGGAGGAUCAUGUUGCCGGUCAAAGUGACUCACCAGAUGUGUCCUGACAGCCACUUGGUGACAUAUUUCUAUCACAAUAAUGAGUUGAUAAGCGCCAGUAAGCACUUUGAAAUGGACGAAUGCUUCGCUAACAAGGUGACAGCAUCCUGGUCCCAUCAUCAAUCUCUCCCUGGAUCUGUAGCUACUCUUCACCUGUCCACUCCUGGACCUGCUCUUUGUGCUCUCUCUGUUCUGGAUGUUGCCGCGAAAUGGGUAAAUCCUGGUGAGAGUAUCAAGGAUCUCAUAUUAAGGGAUCUGCGGAAGUUGAUCGAUGGUCAUCGAAAUUUAACUGAAUAUGACGUGGCUGGCGAAUGUUUCCUAUCAUCAGACACCUUAGAAGAUUCAAAAAGCAGUCAUCUAUUGGAGUCGUGGCUUGCUGCGGCUGGUUUGAGACUUCUCGGAGGAGAGGAAAGCAUGGUUCAGAGAAGAGGAAAGAAUUGUGACCGCCCUCCGUUAGCGCUUGUGACUGAUGAAGCUCCUAGAAGGGAUUUCUCUGAGUCGUGGUUGUGGCGCCUGGUACCGGUGAGUGUGAACGGCUCGGUAGCAGCAAUGGCGCGAGCACCGGACUCUAUCACCAGGUUCGAAGCCUCUGUGUUCUGCGUGUCCAAGACUGGAGUUGCCAUAUCACAACCUGCUGUAUUGCAAGUACGUAUACAAAUAGUUUCAAUUAAAAAGGUAACUUUAUCAUUAUCUUCUGUUUUCAAGCUAUUGAGAUUAUCAUAGCAAAAUCUGCCUUAUUGUAUCUUUAUUUGCGAAAUACAGUUUGCUAUAUAAAAUUGUAUUUGAACUAUUUAUUUUGCCUCUUACUUCAACGCAAUGUUUCUUCUAGAAGAGACAAGGUGCCUUAAAGGCCUCCCCUGAAAUACUUUGUAUUAAAAUCAGAUGCAAUAGUUCGCUAAUAAUAAAUUAUUUCACUGUGAUAGCAUCUUUUUUUUCUUUGUGAUCUUUAGUAUGCUAGCUGAAUCCGACAGACGUAGUUCUGUUCAGGUUACCGAUUUCAUAGGGAUUGCUUAACCAAUAUAGAAGUUGGUACGCUGCAGCACCACCUGAUGGUUACAAAAACGAAGAAAUUCACCAAAAAAUAUAUUAAUUUUCAAGGCUUAGAUAUUAGUCGAACGGUGCAGAGAAGCUAUUAUACUACAGCUCUACAGGGAAGCUGCAACAAAUGAGAUAACACGUAAACAUUCUCCACAAAAUAAUGCAAAUAAAUGCCAAUUCUCAUAGUGAUUGGUUGAGCGGUGUUGAAGGGUAGCGAUAGAAUGCGAAGAUAUUCAGUAUAACUACAGUUUUUGAUAUCUUUUCCAUAUUUCAAGUAAUAUAAUAAUAAUAAACUUCAUUUCAAGUAUCAUGAUUCAAAUUUGUUAGUAGUACAGCAAACUUAUUUUCUAUGUUAGUAUUCAUCCUAAACCUAUUACUAAUUAAGUUACAGAUGCGUGUCAUUGCUGCGCCAUUCCGUUAGAAAUACAGCAGCAAUGAGCCACAUAUCUGCAGUCCAACCUGCUCACAAUUAUCUUCAGUAGGCUGUUGGUACUGCCCCGCACUCUGCUCACCAAGGAUCCACAUCUUUUGCGUAUAGUCGCAUAAAAACAGUUGAUCCGCGCUUCCGCGAACAUCCCUGAUGCGCUACAAAAUCGGGGCAGCCCCAUCGUGAAAGCAUUGUUAUAUUGAACACCAAGAGCGUUGCAGGAUUUUUGAGUGUACUCGGCCCACAGGUUGCACGUGUAGAAAGUUGUAAGUAAACGCGUAAAUAAACUCAAUAACUCAAAAAACGUCGAACUUUUUUUUGCCCAACUCCCAUUUGACAUUUUGGCAUAUCCAUUUGACCUUAUCUCACCAAUUCUGGGACACCCAGUUUAAAGAUAAUAUGUCUAUUCUAUGAGGCGCAAGUUAAAGUGGGUCCAUGGCCACUGGGUACCUCGAUGAAGGAAACUUAUUUACGUGAUAUUUUUCGAUUUACUGAAUGAAAAGUGGCCGAGCUUACCUAGUAGGUAUGUAGAGCUCGCCGUAAAGAGUGGCUGCUAUUCUUCGCGGUCGAGACUGUGGGACGUGGAAAUCAAGAGUUAAUUCAUAGACCUUAUUCUUGUCAAGACUCAUAAGAAACAUUUGAGACUGAGCCUGUUCCUUUUACUUUUUCUUUUUCUGAAAUUGCAGGUAUUUAGGGAGUUUUUCAUCCACGCGGACAGCCCCCGCAGA